CGAGCUCGCCGGGCGCUAUAAAGGCUCCCACCGGGCGACGGCAGCCCAGAAAGGAACGCGAUGGGUUGGCUCCGGUUGCCCGGUUGUCUGCGCUGCGGCCAGAAGGAAUUCACUUUGUCCACGGAGAAGAUCGCCGACUCGCAGGAUGAGAACACCGAGCGGGGCAACUGGUCCAGCAAGACGGACUACCUGCUGUCCAUGGUGGGCUACGCGGUGGGCCUGGGCAACGUGUGGCGGUUCCCGUACCUGACCUAUCAGAAUGGAGGAGGAGCCUUCCUGAUCCCCUACGCCAUCAUGCUGGCCCUAGCCGGCCUCCCUCUCUUCUUCAUGGAGUGCUCCCUGGGACAGUUUGCCAGCUUGGGACCCGUGUCUGUUUGGAGAAUUCUCCCUCUUUUCCAAGGCGUGGGAAUCACCAUGGUCAUCAUCUCCACCUUUGUGACCAUCUACUACAACGUCAUCAUUGGAUACAGCCUCUAUUACUUGUUCGCCUCCUUCCAACGGGUCCUGCCCUGGGCGACAUGCGACCCAGAAUGGGCAGACCAGAAAUGCAGCAAGACGCCAAUCGUGUUGCUGUGCAAUGUCACGAUGGGCGGCACAACCGUCCAGAUGAAUUACACCGAAGUGCGGAGCAUGAACCUCACCUGCAUCAACAACACCCAGGUGUUUGCAGAGACGCAGGUUCCCAGCGAGCAGUACUGGAACAACAAAGUCCUCCAGCGGUCGGAGAACUUAAGCGAGACCGGGGAGGUCGUGUGGUAUCUGGCGCUUUGCCUUCUCCUUUCCUGGCUGAUCGUGGCAGUCAGCUUGUUCAAAGGGAUCAAGUCUUCCGGGAAGGUUGUCUACUUCACAGCUAUCUUCCCUUAUGUUGUCCUGAUUAUACUGCUGGUGCGAGGUGCCACCUUGGAAGGGUCCCGCGAGGGCAUUGAGUACUACAUCGGGACCCAGUCCAAUUUCACGAAACUUGGCGAGGCAGAGGUGUGGAAAGACGCAGCCACGCAGAUCUUCUUCUCCCUCUCCGUCGCCUGGGGGGGGCUGGUCGCCCUCUCCUCCUACAACAAAUUCCACAACAAUUGCUACGCAGACGCCAUUUUCGUCUGCGUGACCAACUGCCUCACCAGCGUCUUUGCCGGGUUUGCCAUCUUCUCCAUCUUGGGCCACAUGGCUUUCAGGGCCAAUAAGAAGGUCUCCGAGGUCGUGGACUCAGGAUUUGACCUGGCUUUCGUGGCCUACCCUGAAGCCCUGUCCCAGCUCCCGGUGGCUCCUCUCUGGUCCUUCUUGUUCUUCUUCAUGCUUCUCCUUCUGGGUCUCGAUUCCCAGUUUGCCACCAUAGAAACCAUCACUACCACCAUCCAAGAUAUCUACCCUGCUGUGAUGAAGAAAAUGAGAGUUGUGGUGACGAUGGGGUUGUGCCUGCUGCUGUUUCUGCUCGGGCUCGUCUGUGUGACCCAGGCAGGAAUCUACUGGGUCAACCUGGUGGACCAUUUCUGUGCAGGCUGGGGGAUCCUCUUUGCAGCUAUCCUGGAACUGCUGGGAAUUUGCUGGAUUUAUGGGGGAAACCGAUUCAUCGAAGACAUCGAGAUGAUGAUUGGGAAGAAAAGUUUCCUCUUCUGGUUGUGGUGGAGAGCCUGCUGGUUCUUCAUCACCCCUUGUCUCCUGUUGGCCAUCCUCAUUUGGUCCCUGAUCACUUUCAUGCCCCCCAAGUACGGCAAGAUAAAGUACCCGCAGUGGGGGACGGCCGUCGGCUGGUGCAUGAUCAUUUUCUGCCUCAUUUGGAUCCCGGUGGUGGCCUUUUACAAGGUGGCCAAGGCCAAAGGCAACCUGUGGCAGAGGCUGGUUUACUGCUGCAAGCCCAAACCCAACUGGGGGCCGUCCCUGGAGCGUCACCGGGGAGAGAGAUACAAGGACAUGGUGGACCCGGUCAAGAAACAGGACGUCGAGAUCCCCACCGUGGACGGCUACAUCCGCAAGCUGGAGUAAAGAGAGGGAGGGGCUCUGCUGCAGGCUGAGGGUCCCAGUUACGCCCCGCGAAACCCAGGCAGCCGAAGGGAUGCCGUUCAGUGGACGCCAAAGGCUGCACCACCUGCCAAAGAGCCACACGGGGGGUGGGCUCUGCUGCUAAGGCCGGCCAGGUCAUGGCGGGCGCGGUGGGCAGCCUUCUAUCUCAGGACCACCCUCUACAGGGGGGGGGCUGGGACCCCUGCCCCGCCAGGCCCCUCACCCCCCCAAAUCCCCAACCCUCCUCUGGCAAGGCGGAGCGCCCUCCCUAGCAGGGCUGAGGAAGAACCCACUCUGGCGAUCCCGUGAGAAUCUUCAGAGCCACCCAAGCAUCCCAGCCUGGGAUCCUUUGCACACUGCGCUGGAUAGGAAGCCUGUCCUGAUUCAGGGGGGCUUCCUUCUGCGUGUCCAUGAGACAAGGACCGUUGCACAACACUCCGGAUGCACACACGCACACGCGUGUGUGUGCGAGAGAGAGAGAGAGAGAGACAGAUGUUGCACCUGGCAUUUUAUUUGCAUAAUUUAUUCCUGGGGAUUUUGUUUGGGAUGUAAUUUAUUAUUAUUUUUUGCUAUCUUGGAGGGAAAUUUUUUGAAAACCUCUCUCUCCAGAGCUGCUCAUCCUCAUGAACCGUCCGGAUUUGGGGCAGACUUUUCUUGUUCAUCUUCAGGUUGUAUCUGCACGGCCCUAAGGACUAAAAAAAUGACUUUAAAAUAAAGGAGAGAGAGAAAGAGAGAGGGAAUCCCUUAGAAGUGGACCUGCUUAUUCUUGGUGCAGAGAGCUGGCUGGCCAGCUAAUAAAAGAAAUCUGUUCAGAUUUGGGCUUCCAAGUUUCCUUUUCAUUGUCCAUUUCAGCUGUUUUUUCCCCCCCCCCGCCCCGCCCUUUUUGUCUUCUCAAGGGGGAAUCUCCUCUUUCCUUCCCCAUCCUUCACUCUCCCAGAAUGCCCGAGGCCGCCAUCCGGGCCAAGGGAGCGCCUCUUUUUCGUGAGAACGAGCAAAACAAGAAGAAACGCCUCCGUGCUUCUCCCCGAGAGCCUUUACUGGUCUUAAAGAUUUGGUCCGUUUUAUCAUUCCAGGCGGCAGCUCAACAGCCCCCUCUCCAGGCGCUGGGUUGCGGGCUGGUCUGGGGGGCCAGUUACUGGGGGGGCCAAAGGAGCUGCA